CCUUUGUGAAGCACUUUUGGCUGGAUCUACAUCUAUUUUGUUGAUUAUUCUAAAGCCUUUGCUUUAGGCUUACAAUUCCAGAAGAGAUAAGAAACGGCUCAACGUGCCAGUAGACACUCCACCACAGAUAUCAGACGAGCUGUAAGGCCAAGAACAAGCCACAAGAGUAAAAACAAAGAUUCACCCUGAGGAAAAGUGUUCUUACCAUACAUCAAGGGAACCAUUGGCCGCAUAGGGAAGCUGAUGAAGAGACACAACCUACAAACUGACUACGAACGCACUUAAGAAAAUCUAACAAAUUCUACGUUCAGCGAAGGACAAGAGGGAUCCUCUCACCGCUGCAGGAGUUUACCGUAUACCAUAUCAGGGUUAAUCAGCGACCCCAACUUGAUUGAUGACCUAGCCCUCAGCUCACCCUUGACAGACCACUUUGCGAAUGGCGAAAAUGGCAUUGACAAAACACGACAGAUUUGCUGAUUUAUAACUGCUGAAACUCAGCGGCUCUAAGGCUUUAUUUACAACGCUUACUAUCCAAAGCUAUCAGGACACAUGUUGCAUCCACACGGACAAACAUGGCGAAAGUCCGUGUCUCUCAAAAGUCCAUUCUCUGUCAAAUGGAAGACCUUGCCAUUUGCCCUUCCAGCAAUCAAUCAGGGCUGGCCAGAAUUAACCUCUUGGCUUCUGGAAUGCUUGCCGGAACGAAACACACAAUCCAACAGCUAACAAUAGAUUGAACAUUUCACUCUGUAUCAACAAAGACACUAACAUACCAAGCAGCUCUGGACAAGUCUACAUAGGGACCACAAAACACAGUAGCUUUGCCCAGUGUAGACUAACUCAACCAGAGCAGUCAGCCAUACAGAGCACUUGAUGAAGCAACACAGUGCAUUAUUUGAGAACACAGAAAUGCUUGACCACUCUAAUAACUACCAUGUCAGACUACACAGAGAAGCCAUUGAAAUCUACAAGCAUGUGGACAAUUUCAACAGAAAGGAGGAAACCAUGAAAAUGAACAAAAUCUGGCUACCAGUAUUUAAAAACCUUAAAAUCAGAACAGUAAAUAAAGAACAACACUCUGAAAACAGGAAUUCCAGACAUAAAUCAAUCAGGGGCAGCUAACACCUCAGAACAAAGGAUUCCCCCAGACAGGAAUGAAGCUUGCAAGGCCAUUAAUGCUAAUCAAGGUGAUUAAUUACAACAUUCACACUGGCCUCCAACAGACAAGAGUUCUUUCUCCCACCCUGGACCUUCCACAGAUAUAUAACCCCCCCCCCCUUGCUUAGUUUUUCCCAUAUACCUCACAAAAUCUGAGGAUGCCUGCUGUAGAUGUGGGAGAAACGUCAGGAGAGAAUGCUUCUGGAACAUAGCCAUACAGCCUGGAAAUGCACAACAACCUAGUGAUUCCGGCCAUGAAAAUCUUCGACAACAGAUAAGGAACUAUUUUUAAACAAGCAAUGCAUGGAAGUGGAAGAAGACAAUAGAAUAUGAAGGACAAGAGACCUCUUCCACAAAAUUAGAAAUAUAUGAGGUAAAUUUCUGGCAAAAAUGGGCAUGAUCAAAACAAAGAUGGCAAGGACCUAACAGAAGCUGAAGAGAUAAAGAGAAGGUGGCGAGACUAUACAGAAGAUAUGUAUAGCAAAGAUAGUAACAUUGAGGAUAGCUUUGACGGUGUGGUGAGUGAAUUAGAACUAGACAUCAUGAGGAGUGAGGUUGAAUGGGCCUUAAGAAGCAUUGCUAAUAACAAAGCAGUAGGAGACAACGGGAUCUCAGAACACAUCAUGCGACUUGUGGGGCUUGACAAAUCCAAGGCUGGAGUUAAAAUUUCCGGAAGAAACCUUAACAACGUUAGAUAUGCAGAUGAUACCACUUAGAUGGCUGAAAGCGAGGAGGAGCUGAGGGGCCUUAUAACCAAGGUGAAAGAAGAAAGUGUAAAAACUGGGUUGCAGUUAAACAUAAAAAAAACAAGAUGAUGACAACGAGACUGAUUGCUAACUGGCAAAUAGAGGGAGAAAAUGUGGAGACAGUGACAGACUUUAUAUUUCUAGAGGCAAAGAUUACUGCAUACGCAGACUGCAGCCAGAAAUCAGAAGACCUUUUCUUCUUGGGAGGAGAGCAAUGACCAGUCUCGAUAAAAUAGUGAAGAGUAGACACAUCACACUGGCAACGAAGGUUUGCAUAGUUAAAGCAAUUGUAUUACCCUUAGUAACCUAUGGAUGCGAGAGCUGGACCAUAAGGAAAGCUGAGCGAAGGAAGAUAAGACGCUUUUGAAUGUGUUGGAGGAAAAUUCUGAGGGUGCCUUGGACCGCAAGAAGAUCAAACCAGUCCAUACCCUAGGAAAUAAUGCCCAACUGCUUACUGGAGGGAAGGAUAUUAGAGGCAAAGAUGAAGUGCUUUGGCCACAUAAUGAGAAGAUAGGAAAGCUUGGAGAAGAUAAUGAUGUUGGGGAAAAUGAAAAGAAAAAGGAAGAGGUUCUGACCAAGGGCAAGAUGGCUGGGUGUUAUCCUUGAAGAGUCAGAAACAACUGAAUGAAUAAACAACAACAAUCCUUGAGACCCAGCCAAAAGUGCUGCCUCACCUUGUCACUGCCAUGGCUCCAUGCUGUGGGAUCCAAUGAGCUGUGGUUUUACAAGGUCUGUAGCCUUUGCUGCCAAAGAGAGUAGGUGCCUCACCAAGCUACAGAUCCCAGCAUCCCAUCACAUUGCACCCUGGCAGUUGUCAAACCGCAUGGGCAAACUUUGGCUCUCCGGGUGUUUUGGACUUCAACUCCUACAAUGCCUAACAGUCUACUAAAACAUCGAGAAAAUCAAAGUGCUCUUCCAGUAGUCACCAGCCAAUCCCUCUGCAAUGCCAGAAAUACAGCUUAACAUUAGAAAAUGUUGACUGUUCCCGCUACCUUGGUAGCCACCUCUCCACAAAAGUCAACAUUGACACUGAAAUACAACACUGCCUGAGCUCUGCGAGUGCAGCAUCCUUUCUAAUGAAGCAAAAAGGGUCUGACGAUCAGGACAUCUGGAGGGAUAUCAAGGUGCUUGUUUAUAAAGCUAUUGUCCUCCUAACCCUGUUAUACGCCUGCAAAACAUGGACGUCACACACAACUCCUGGAACGAUUCCAUCAGCGUUCCCUCUAAAAAAUCUUGCAAAUCUUUUGGGAAGACGGGCGGACAAAUUGCAGUGCACUGGAAGAAACAAAGACCACCAGCAUUGAAGUGAUGCUCCUAUGCCAUCAACUCCACUGGACUGGCCAUGUUGUUUGAAUGCCUGAUCACUCUCUCCCAAAGCAGUUACUAUACUCCCAACUCAGGAAUGGGAAACGGAAUAUUGGUGGACAGGAAAAGAGAUUUAAAGAUGAGCUUAAAGGAAAUGUUUCAAGAAGGUGAACCCUUUGAAAAUGUGGCAGCUCGUUUUGAAGAAAUGGAUACAUCAGAAACCCAGUGGGGAUGGUUUUAUUUGGCUGAAUGUGGCAAAUGGCAUAUGUUUGAGAUCAAUUCUAAUACCCAGUGUUCACUUAGCAGCGAAGACAUUGAAAGGGAAUUUAGAUUGAAUCCACAAGGCUGCAUUUCAUUUGCAACUACAAAAUUUAACUAUGUACUAGACUUUUCAGGGAUGAAGCAGACUAACCAAACAACUGGAAAACAACGCCCGAUAAAGCGAGCUCCGUUUUCAAUUAGUGCCUUCAGUUAUAUCUGUGAAAAUCAAUCUAUCCCUAUGCCAUCACACUGGGAGAAAGUAAAUUCAGAAGAACCAUAUCAGCUUAUUCCUUUGCAAAAGGAAACAAACGAAUACAAGGCAGUUGCUAGUUAUUUUGGGAAAACAAUGGAUAGCAAUCAAAUUAGACAAAUUCAAAGAAUUCAAAACAUAGACUUGUGGGAAUUUUAUUGCAGAAAAAAGGCCCAAUUAAAGAAGAAAAGAGGCACCUCCUUUAUAAAUGAAAACAUGUUGUUUCAUGGCACAAGCACUGAAUUUGUGGAAGCUAUUUGCGUUCAUAACUUUGACUGGAGAAUCAAUGGCAUGCAUGCUGCUGUGUAUGGAAAAGGGACUUACUUUGCGAGGGAUGCUUUAUACUCCAGCCGAUUCUGCAAAGAUGACUUGAAGCAUGGCAGCACAUUACAAAUUCACGGUGUUGAUCUGCAACUUCACAUCCUUACAAAGCAUAAAGUGAUGUUUCUUGCUCGUGUAUUGACUGGAGACUACAUUCUUGGGGAGUCCAAAUAUGUGAGGCCACCUUCAAGAGACGGGAGCCUUAUUAAUUUAUAUGACAGCUGUGUAGAUAGUAUGUGUAAUCCAAAGAUUUUUGUUAUCUUUGAUGCCAACCAGAUCUAUCCAGAAUAUUUAAUAGAAUUCAGGUGAGACUUACAGAAAUAAAAAUCACUUAGCCUUAUUAAAAUUAUUUAAAAUUUUAAAAAGUUUUAUACGUGAAUUUAUUGGUAUACUAUAUGAAAUGUUACUAUCUGAAGGUUGAGUUCUGGAAGAACUGGAAAUCACUAGACAAGAGUGAGUUUGGUUUAUGAGAUCCUUAAAACUUGUCAAAACCAGGUAUAGUAUUAAAUUGAAGUGUAUUGCAUGGUCAGGUAGCAUUUCAACAAGUCUGUGACAUCUAACCUGAAUUAAUACAUUGGCAGUUGCGGAUUACAAUGAUAUAAAUAUUUAGUCUCCUUGAUUUGUAUCUUGGAUAUUUUUAUCAAAACAUUGAUCAUCCAAAUGUUAAAUAAAUGCAUUUUGUUUAA